AUGACACUUGUGACUGACAGGGUACUUGUGACGGACAUGGUACUUGUGACUGACAAGGUACUUGUGACUGACAUGGCACUUGUGGCUGGCAUGGCACUUGUGACUGGCAUGGCAUUUGUGACGGACAAGGCAAUUGUGACUGACAUGGCACUUCUAACUGACAUGGCACUUGCAACUGACAUUGCACACCUAACUGAAACGGCACUUGUGACUGACAAUGUACUUUUGACUGAAAGUGUACUUGUGACGGACAUGGCAAUUGUGACUGACAGUGUACCUGUGACUGACAUGGCACUUGUGACUGAUAGUGUACUUGUGACUGGCAGUGUACUUGUGACAGACAGGGUACUUUUGACUGACAGUGUACUUGUGACUGACAUGGCACUUGUGACUGAUAGUGUACUUGUGACUGGCAGUGUACUUGUGACUGGCAGUGUACUUGUGACUGACAGUAUACUUGUGACUGACAGGAAACUUGUGACUGACAUGACACUUGAGACUGACAUGGCACUUGAAAUUGACAGUGUACAUGUGACUUACAUGGUACUUGUGACUGACAUGGCACUUGUAACUAACAGUGUACUUGUGACUGCCAUGGUACUUGUGACUGACAGUGUACUUGUGACUGACAGUGUACUUGUGAGUGACAGUGUACUU